UAGCAGCUAAUCAGCAUUUAAUUUGAUGAGGGUAAAUACAGGCAAAUAUGUUGAUAAAAUGAAUUUUAAGUGUUUCUAAAAUCCCAUAGAAGAAUUAAGGGUAGAAAAACGAUUGAAACCAUGUCCCUGUUUCAACUCUAGGUUGUAAGGAUAUUUUUACUGUGGUACUGUAUUACCUGCCAACACGGCGGGUGAAAGGGAGGGAGUGACCGAGGGAGAGGAGCUUUGCAGGGAAUUAGGAUUUACUCCGUAUUAGUGUAGAGAGGGAGGGAGAGCACAGGAGUUAGAGUAGGAGAGAAAGAAACACGCCUGAAAGAGCGGGAGUACGGAAUAUGUAACAUAAAAGGCAAGAAGGAAAUAAAUGGAUUCGGGGCUUGCUGAGCGUAUCAUAGAGAACGGGACAGUGGGAAGAGAGACGAGGUAGAAAGAAAGAAGAAGACGGUGUCUGAAACAGCAACAGACAGAUGUUACAGAAAGCUGGCGAAGAGAUACGGAUAAGAAAAGGGGAAAGGAAGAGAGGGGAAGUGCAGAGGUGUGCAGAGAACAUUGUUUGGCUGACAGAAGAUUAGAGAAACGACUGCAACAAAAAGGCCGGAUGGGAGUCUAUACUGAGACAAAUGCAGGCAUACACACCCACAACACACACAUGGCUAGACUGCCGCCAACCAGUGACUCCGGUCGACUACUGCCAGUGGUACCCAAAGACCCUCUCACUAAUGCAUUAGAUGCCAUUGUGGUCAGCACUGAUCUCAUCGAGGAUGAACUCCGACCUCACCUGGAAACAGUACUUACUGUCAUACAGGAAAAACAGCGUGGGGCUGCAGAACAGGUGGCAGUGAGUGGUGUAUUACCUACUCUGGCUCAAGCCCUUAGGAGGAGAGGACCGCUUACUUUAAUUACUGCUAAACUAGUGUCAGAACUGGCCAGAGAAACGGUGAUCAGGGAGAGAUGUGGUGAGACAGGGGUGUCAUCUGCUCUGCUGUCUGUGCUGCUCUCCAGGGAUCAGGAGCUGCUGAUACACGCUGGCCGCGCUGUCGCUCGUAUCUGCUACGAGAGCCGGUGUCAACAGGAGCAGUUGUUGCGUUUGGGGGCGGUCCCUAGGCUGGUCGGAAUCCUGCUGGGUUUUAAAAGCAACCAGGCUCUGGAGGGUGUGUGUCUUGUGGCCCUGUGUAACCUAGGUGACAUGGGAGAGGGGGGGGAAGAUGGAGGUAUAUCGUGGGAGAGAGGCGUGUCGCUAUGUCCCGAGGAGUCUGUGUUUCGUGGCGCGACUUGUCACUCCUGCGGCUUUGGCUCCAUGGUUACAGUCGUCAGACUGACCCAGUGGUCGCCCGGGCAACACACCGUCAGCAUCGAGGUGUUAUCCCGUUACUCCAUCAGGUUCUGGACAAUGCAUAACAACCGCCGGACAGUGCGACGUUCGCCACUCUCUCACCUGGGAACGUGUCCUAGGUUCUACAAAGCCAUCAAGUACUCCGUCCAGAACAUUCCCAACAGUAGAAGCCUCAAGUCACUGAUCUUCCACAUCUUCCUUUGAGAGGGGAAUGUACUACAAACAUGGCAGCAUAUUAUGGACUACAAACAUGGCAGCAUAUCAUGGUUUACAAACAACGCACCAUAUUAUGAACUAAAAACAUUUUUCAUUGACUAUGAAUAUGGUAUUCUAUCAUUGACAAACAGGAGAACUCAUUCACACCUUCUUAGAGAGAAACGGACUACAAACAUGGCAUUUUAUGGACUACAAACCGGAUUGACCCUGAAAGUUACUGCAGAUACUUCAGGACUGCAUACAGAAACCCGAGAUGACUGUGGGUGUUGUGGUUCUGGAUGUACCUUACCCAAUUAGAAAUAAAGUUUUUUUUUAAUCCAAAAUUGACGUUAAAGGUUCAAAUGUGUUUCUUUAUUUUGUUUUUAAGAAAUUCUAAAAUAGUUUGACAACCCUAUUUUGUACGCUUUUAAAUUAUAUCAAACUCAACUGUUUAUCUUUUUCAGUCAGUGAUGAAGACAUGUAUGGUAUGGUGGUAUGGUGGGGUAUGCAAAAUGGGUCAACUUUGAGCACCUUUAUCUUUUGAAGGUUUUGGCAUUUAGGUCCAAAAUAUCCCUUUCUGACCACUUCUUAAAUGUACAAACAUGUAUGAUACAUUUUGCUUAAUCAAAAGUGAUGGUGUCAAAAAGUGAUUCAAUUCAAAUGGAAUUACCCACACACAGUACUAGGUCCGUAUAGCGGCCGAUAAGUUUGUUCAUAACAUUCAUUAUACACAAUACAAUCUUAGACAUAACUUCUUACUGUGUAGCUCUUUCUCUCUAUUUCUAGGUUUUGUGUCAUACACAAUGUUUAAAAUGUCAGAACAGUAGUUUUCUCAUAAAAAAAAUGUCAUAUGCAAGAACGAGUGACACUUGUAAUUUCUGCUGUGCCAUAUAAAACCAUGUUUUUGACAAUUCGUUAGCCAAUUUUACUACACCAGUAUUUCAUCCUCAUUCUACAUCAUUUUAACCUGUUGAAUGUUAAUGUUAAGUGGAUGGCCGUGUAAAACAUAUCUUCAUGAAGGCCAUGAACAGUACCUAGUAAUGCCUUAUACUGUUAGAAGGCUCAGAUUUAGUGCUUUUUUAUUAGGUAUUCAUUAUUUGUGAUUUUAUGCAUUUUUGCAGUAGUAUGCACUGCUAUAAUCCGCCACAGUUGACGCGUCAUAAUACCGAUUAAAACACGGAAAUGGUUCCAAUGGUUUUCCCGCCAUUCAUUUUUCACCAUGUGAAUAAAUAAAAAAGUAGAAUUAAUUGUGUUUGGCGUAGGUUUACCUUGGCAUGACGUUUUAAUAGCCGUGUAAUUCUCUCUCAGACAAGGUGAGUUUUAUAAAUUCGCCUCAAUUUACUCUCAAAAAUUCGCAAUGCUAAUUAUUGAUGAAAGUGACCUUGUCAGAGAGCGAUUUGCGUGGUUAUCGAAAUGUCAUGCCAGGGUAAUCCUACACGAAACACAGACUUUAUAUGAAGUAGUUAUAAAAUCCCAGAUGGAACAAUUGGAACCAUUUCCGGGUUUUAUGACUCAUACUGUGACACUCAACAGUAAAUAGUAUGAAGUAAGUAGUAGAUUUCAUUUUCAAAUUUCAUAUGCUAUGAACCUAUUAAUUAAAAAUGGCAAAAUAGGGCUUAACACGUUUUAGAUAAUCUACAUAUUCUCACAAUUUUACAACUAACAUGCUGUAAGAUUUCAGCUGAAUUAUUACUGUAAGAAUUUUUAUAUUUAAUGGUCAGGGAAAAUAUAACUAAUUUCCUGGUGCAAUGAUCAAAUUCGUUGUCUCUCCCCUUGGGUUUCCACUAGAUAUCACAGCCACAAAGCCAGAAUUGGCUAUAUCGUAAAAAUUUGCUUUUUUGUCAAAAUUUAAGGUUAGGGGAAGAUAUAAUGUUAGCGGUGUAGUUAAGGUUUAAAGUCACCUUUUAAGAUGAGAAAUUGUAAAAGUACGCGGAGAUUUUGACUUUGUGGCUGUGGUAACUAGUGACGACCCUCCCUUGUGAACAUACCUCAGCUGUCAUCUAAAAUAAUGUUUGUCCCUCUCGUGAUGAACACAAAGUGUUUUCACAUCUUUAAAUUGUCAGACAAGUGUUAUUUGAAUUAAAUUAUAUAUAAAUAGAUGUGUGUUUGUCGUAGAAUGAUGAGACUAGUAUAGUGUCACCUUUUGUGCCUGUGAUAUUUGCAUAUUUCCGUUGGGAACGCUUACUGUGAAGUGCGCGUUU